GCGAGCCGGUCAGGAUCGCUUCGCUCCGUUGUGUGUGUGUUAUCUGCAUCCAUCUGAUAUUAAACAGUGGUUUUAAAGGGGAUUUCGAAGCUUGAUUCAGGUUUCACUCCAUUCGAAAAUAGCUAGCAACCUCGGUAACUUAUCACGGGUUACAUGUUUGCAUUGCAUUAACUAACAGUGUGACAUAGUUGUUAAUGGCAGCUCACACAUUGGCUAAAACCGAGGUAACAGCCAUUGGGGAUGUGUUAAAAAAGCUUGAUAUGACCAUGGCUUGAGAAAGAAAAGAGAUUACUUCUGUUAACAUUAGCAUUGGUUUGAGCCACCGCAUCCCAGUGCAUAACUGGAGAAUGAUUUCUCAGUUCUUCAUCUUGUCCUCCAAGGGGGAUCACAUCAUCUACAAGGACUUCCGUGGAGAAGCAGGAAAUGACGCUGUUGGCAUUUUCUAUGAGAAAGUCACCGCACUGACUGGUGACCAGCCUCCUGUGGUCAUGAGCCACAAGGAUCUCCACUUUGUGCACAUUAGACAAGGAGGCCUCUACUGGGUCACCACGACAACGGCAGACUCCUCCCCAUUCACUAUCAUUGAGUUCCUUAACAGGUUUACGACUCUUAUAAAAGACUACUGCGGCAGCCUAUCUGAGAAGUCGAUGCGGAUGAACUUUGCCCUCAUCUAUGAGCUUUUAGAUGAAGUUGUGGACUAUGGUUACAUUCAGACCACCUCCACUGACAUCCUCAAGAACUUCAUUCAGACUGAAGCCGUUUCCUCAAAACCCUUCAGCCUCUUUGAUCUCAGUAAUGUUGGUUUGUUCGGAGCCGAAACCCAGCAGAGUAAAGUGGCUCCCAGCGCUGCGGCCAGCCGGCCCAUUAUGUCCAGUCGAGGAGAGCAGGGAGGUAAGAGCGAGAUAUUCGUUGAUGUCAUUGAGAGGAUGUCUGUCGUCAUUGGCUCCAAUGGUGUUCUGAUGAAGGCAGACAUUGAGGGAGAAAUCAGAGUCAAGUGCUACAUGUCCAACUGUUCUGAAAUGCGAAUUGGACUGAAUGAGGAGCUCACCAUUGGCAAAUCUCAGCUCAGAGGUUAUGGGGCAGUGGUCCGUGUGGAUGAGUGUAGUUUCCACCAGACUGUCAAACUAGAUGAGUUUGACACAACCAGAAUCCUAAAAGUUUGUCCUAGCCAAGGGGAGCAAACAGUCAUGCAAUACCAGCUGUGUGAUGACCUACCCUCAGCCCCUCCUUUUCGCCUCUUCCCCACCAUAGAGAGGGACAGCAGUGGAAGGCUGCUGAUGUAUCUGAAGCUACGCUGUGACCUGCCCCCCAAGAGUUCCGCUAUCAACGUUUCUGUGACCAUCCCUGUUCCUAAAGGAUCACUGAGUAUGUCUCAGGAACUUAGCAGUCCAGACCAGAGUGCUGAACUGAGGCCGCAAAGCAAGGCUGUUCACUGGCAAAUUCCCUGUUUCCCUGGUGGAGCGCAGCUCUCUGCACUGUUUAAGUUGGAGGUCCCAAGCCUUAGCUCAGCCUCGAUGCUGGAAGUUGGUCCAGUUGGUAUGAGUUUUGAGCUGCCAAAGUACACCUGCACUGGACUGCAGAUCCGAUUCCUCCGCUUAUCGCCCAUACAGCCUUGUCCCUCUCAACGCUGGGUCCGCUACGUGACCCAUUCAGACUCUUAUACCAUCAGGAUAUGAGAUUUUUGUGUUUUCAUUUUUUUAAACAGUCAAACAAAUAAAUGAGAACAGUUAAAAAAAAAUCUAUCAUGCUGGGUGAAACAGCUUACAGACUUAAUUAUGUUAUGUUUCUCUUACCUGUAUUGUAAAUUUACUAGGUUGUUCACUUUGGGUUUGACAAAACUAGGGCUUUUAAAACACCAUACAACCCCAUUGUUUACGCCAUGAACAUACGCAGUGAAGCACAGUAUCCUGAUAGGUGUUGGUAUUUUUCUGGAAUAAAAUGUUUUUGUA